AUGAAUGCGCUCGUGGCAGCCCUGUCCAAGGGCGUGAUCGAGGCGCAGGCCGGUGGCGAGAUCAAGGCACCCAGCGAGUGCAAGCCGCACCACUCGACGCUCGAGGCCUCCCUGGCCCUCUUUCUCUGCUUGGGCCUCAUCGUGUCCUAUCUGCCGCAGAUUGCGCGCAUCAUCAUCAAGAGGACAUCACUCGGCUUCUCGCCCUGGUUCCUCUUCCUCGGCGCCACGAGCUCCGCGAGCAGCUUUCUCAAUGUUGUUGCGCUGCAGUGGGGCGUCAUUCGAUGCUGUCGAUGGCUGACGACAAGCGCAUGCUCCGAGUCGCUCCUGGGACUGCUCCAGGUCGGCCUCCAGUGGUUCCUCUUUGUCAUCGUCCUCGUUCUCUUCCUCAUCUUCUACCCAAAGGAGCUCCGUUACGAACGCGCGAUUGCGCUCACGGGUCCCUCCAACGACAUCUCUGCCCAGGACAUUGUCGAUGGGUACGAGUCGGAUUCAUCGGCCGGCGAUCUCGACUCGCUCGACUCGCACAUUGCCGAAAAUUACAGCAGCUUUGCUGCGGACCCGGCCACGGGCGCCGUCGGGCCUUCUGCGGCUGCGCAUCUGGCCGUGCCGGGCACAUCGACGCCGCCCAUCAACGGCGAGGAAUCGGGCUCGCACCUCACGUCGACGACGACGACGACGACGACGGCUGACGAAUCGCCCGACAACAGCGGAGUGGCCUCGCAUUUGCUCAUGCCCGAGGACGAGGCCGACGAGAGGAGCAGCUCGGCGUUCAGCAGGCUCGUGCCCACCUUUUGGCCCGUGUGGAAGGCGCCACGGAAGCAGGGCGCUGGUCCUUCGCCGCUUGGGGCCUACGAGACCACGGCUCACGGCGAGCGCCUGCCUCCCAACGCUGUACUGCCGGCUGCCAAAGCUGCAGCUGAUCCGUCAGCCGCCGGUGAAGGCUUGGCCGACGACGGACAGGACGCGCGAGGCGUAGUUGGGCAAGCGGCAGGAGAGGGCGAGGUCCGCUUUGCGCCAUCCAUGACCACGUCGACGUUGCUCUCAAGGAGCGAGCGCGGGCUGCGAAGGACACGGAGGGUCAAGCGAAGGACAAAGGAGUGGGGCCUCGCCCUCUCGCUCUCGUGGCUCGUCGCUUUCCACUUCCUCUUUAUCGUCCUCGUCACUCUGCUCCUCGUCACGUCGCUCCCGCCUACCUCGUUCCCACCACCAGAAGAAACUGCAGUCAUCAUCAUGGGUCCUUCGUCAAGGCUUCUCGUGUCCAGGUGGGCCGCCUUUCUUGGCUUCACCUCGACGAUCCUCGCCGCAGCACAGUACGUGCCCCAGAUUGUGCACACGGCACGCGCAAAGCUCGUCGGCAGCCUCAGCAUCCCCAUGAUGUGCCUCCAGGUGCCCGGGAGCGCCAUCUUUGUCUACUCGCUUGCCUUGCGGCCCGGCGUCAACUUCACCUCGCUUGCUGCCUACGUCUGCACGGGCAUCUUGCAAGGCGUGCUCCUGGGCCUCUGCAUCGCGUGGAGGAUCCGCGAGAGGAGACUGGGCGUCGACGACUAUGGGCGGCCACUGCCCUGA